UGACGUCACUGGCGGGGAGCGGGGCUUGGGGAUACCCGGGAGUGGCGUGGGCGGCCCGGACACCUGAGUGCGGCCUGACUGCCCCUGCCCCGGCUGCCGGGUCUCCUCCAGCCCCGCCGGACGCCUGGACUCGCCCUGACCCUGCGGUGGACUCGGCCACACCAUGCCCCGCCCCAAACCCAGCCCCCGACGGCGCGGCGGAACCCCCGCCCCCUCACCGCCCCGGCCGCGGGCACGCAGGCGCCGCCCAGGUCAGCUGGCAUUGCAGGAGAUCCGCAAGUACCAGAGCAGCACCCGCCUGCUGCUGCGCCCCGGCUCCUUCGCCCGCCUGGUGCGGGAGCUCUGCCUACUCUUCACCCGCGGGGUCGAUUACCGCUGGCAGAGCAUGGCCCUGCUGGCACUGCAGGAGUUUCCAACAGGCACACCACCACCUACACGACCUUGUACAGAGCCAGUCACAGCCAACAACCCUGCCACAGGUGGCAGAGAACCAGUCCCUCCUGAAGGAACCUUCUCCUGACUCAGUUUCCAGAUAAACCAUACUAAGAAAACCCCACAUCCAUCAUGUCAGCUGUAAGAAAAUCUAUUUGGACAUUAGGGACUCAGAAUUGUUUGCAUUUUGAAAAUUGUCUUAUGGGUGGUUUUGAUUAUCAUUUAUGUUGAUUCAGUUGAUCUUUAAGAGAAGCUUUCUUAAUAAUAUCAAAAUGGGGAGUUGUGGAGACCCUGGGGGCAUCCCGAGGGUUGGGGAAACACAAGAGGCUUCCCUCAAAAACCCGCUAAGACCCCACUGGCUCCUUCCCCUGUUCCUAUGUCUGCUCCUGUGUCCCUGAGCCACUGCCUUCCCUAUGCCCUGACUGGCCUUCAUCUUUGUACUGCCCUGAGAUGAGGGUGACCCUGGGCCCCUGGGGAGAGAGAUACUUGGAUCCCCGCAUGUGUGCGUGCCUGGGACCUGCACAUGUUACUGCGUGGCUGAAUUAAACAUCCGUGGAUAUUA